AUAAGCAUCAUUAGGAAUUUGGAAUCAUAUAUACUGUGCUCUGUUUUAUGCUCUGUUAUUCUCCUGCUCUGUUUUAUGUUCUGUUUUCAUAAGCUUACGACUAUUGAUGUAAAUAUAAAAUGUUUCAGUCUUGUAUAAAUCACACGAAUAUAAUUUUAUAUUACUUUCAUGAGCUCUAAAUCUUACAAUCAAUCAGUAAGUACCCACCUUGAUUACCAAUCUAACUACACCUUAUACUGACACUUGGCGUGUAAGCCUAUACAAUGAAAACAUUUUCUUUUGUCAACUGAUAAAGAACGCUUGACAACGGUCAAGUAAAUUCUUAUUUGUUUAUAAAUAGACAGGACAUAAUUAAACAUGAAAACAGGAUCAAAAACAGAGAUUAUACCCUUACGAAAGAGACAAAAACAGAACAAAGACAACAUGAGAAAAGAAAGAAUCUUCAAGUUGGGAUUAACAUUUGAUACCAUAACUUGGUGGUACCUAUCCUAUAAAAUCAGCUUAAUAUCACUCUCAUACACAAAACAUAAACGAGAAUGGUGGAUAUACAAUACUUCUUCAUAAUCAUUCCUUUAUGCCUUGGAAUCACAGUCUUGAUCCAAGCCAUUACUAACAGAUUACGCAACAAACUACCGCUCCCACCAAGCCCAACAGCUUUACCGAUCAUCGGUCACAUUCACCUCCUUGGUCCCAUAGCUCACCAAGCACUUCACAAACUCUCAAUCCGCUACGGACCCUUGAUGUAUCUCUUCAUUGGCUCCAUUCCUAAUCUUAUUGUCUCAUCGGCCGAGAUGGCGAAUGAGAUUCUCAAAUCCAAUGAGCUCAACUUCCUGAACCGUCCCACAAUGCAAAACGUUGACUACCUUACUUAUGGCUCUGCGGAUUUCUUCUCAGCGCCUUACGGGCUUCGCUGGAAGUUCAUGAAGAGAAUUUGUAUGGUGGAGCUCUUUAGCAGCAGAGCUUUAGAAAGAUUUGUUUCAGUGAGAAGCGAGGAGUUAAGGAAGCUUCUGAUACGCGUUUUGAAGAAAGCAGAAGCAGAAGAGAGUGUUAAUCUCGGUGAACAGCUAAAGGAAUUGACAAGCAACAUCAUAACGAGAAUGAUGUUCAGAGAAAUGCAAUCGGAUAGUGAAGGUGACGGCAAAACAGAGGAAGUUAUCAAAAUGGUGGUGGAGUUGAAUGAAUUAGCGGGGUUUUUCAACGUUUCUGAAACGUUUUGGUUCUUAAGAAGGCUUGACUUGCAAGGACUCAAGAAGAGGCUCAAGAAUGUUCGAGACAAAUAUGAUGUUAUCAUAGAAAGAAUAAUGAAAGAGCAUGAGUCUAGGAAUAAGAAGGAUACAGGAGCAAGGAACAUGCUAGACAUUUUGCUUGACAUAUAUGAAGACAAAAACGCUGAGGUGAAGCUGACUAGAGAAAACAUCAAGGCCUUCAUCAUGAAUAUUUAUGGGGGUGGAACAGAUACAUCUGCCAUAACAGUAGAAUGGGCUCUAGCGGAGCUGAUAAACCAUCCAGAGAUCAUGAAGAAAGCGCAACAAGAGAUAGAGCAAGUGGUGGGAAACAAGAGAGUAGUUGAAGAAUCAGAUUUGUGUAAUCUUAGUUACAUCCAAGCAGUGGUAAAGGAGACAAUGAGGUUACACCCUGGAGGACCAAUAUUCGUGAGAGAAUCGGAUGAAGAAUGCGCAGUGGCUGGAUUUAGAAUUCCGGCUAAAACAAGAGUGAUAGUGAACGUUUGGGGGAUUGGGAGAGACUCAAAUCAAUGGGAAGAUCCAUUGGAGUUUAGGCCUGAGAGAUUUGAAGGGAUUGAAUGGAAGGUCAUGAGUGAAAAGAUGAUGUCUUUUGGAGCUGGGAGAAGAAGUUGUCCAGGAGAGAAAAUGGUGUUUAGAUUCGUUCCAGUCGUUGUAGCCGCGAUAAUACAGUGUUUUGAGCUGAAAGUAAAAGGAAGUGUAGAGAUGAAUGAAGGGACUGGAUCAUCUCUGCCUAGAGCCACACCUUUGGUGUGUGUUCCUGUUGCUAAAGAAGCUAUACAAUCAUUUUCUCUACUAGAACCAAAGGUCAACUUCUACUAAUGGUUUUUAAGAUGAAAAUGUGUAAGAGCAGGAAAA